CCGGGAUUUUACACCGGCUUCGAUUCGGCUGGCCAGUCUUCACCGGGAUUCAGCCGACCUCAACCCCGUUUCAAGUUCGGGUGUGUGUACGAUGAGACAGUAAGUUCUCAGGUCCGACAAACAGUAUUAAAUUUUCACCGAACCGUUAGGUGAACGGUGAUCUCGUUUUACCUGGGAACGGAAAAGGCAAACACCAAAAAACUCGAGAAUGAUGAAUUCUUCUCUCAUCGUCUUCCUGGUUUCACUUAUCCUCGCUUCAUCCCUCGGCGACGAUGAAUAUACCUGCGUGUGGUACGGUCAGUGUUACUCGUCUGGGGUAGCGACCUACAAUUGUCCAUCAUCGUCGACUGGUCAGCUGAUCAAUAACUCGACAGCAGAAGCGAUCCUCUACGACAGAUGCCCGCACUUUUUCGAGAAUGAAACUGAUACUCCUCUCGUGUGCUGCGAUGCUCAGCAGAUCAUCGACAUGGACUCGAGCAUGUCAAUGGCUGAAGGUGUCUUCGGGAGGUGUCCUACAUGUUCGAAAAACAUGUUCAGAUCCAUCUGCGACUUUAGUUGUGCUCCGGAUCAGAGCAGAUUCAUGUACAACGUUGAAAUCCUGAACGCUACUGUGAACGACGAGGUCGUCCAGUACAUAAACGAAGUUCAGAUCUAUUUAGGGGAAGAAUACGCUGAAGGUACCUACAACUCGUGUUCAGGUGUUCUUCACCCUGCUAGUGGAAAUUUGGCUAUGGAUUUGGCAUGCGGAUCUUAUGGAGCCAGCAGAUGCACGUAUAAAUUGUGGUACGAGUACAUGGGAACAGUGAGCAGCGAUGGUCUUGUCCCUUUCCAAAUGACCUACGUAUGGGACGCCGAAGACUCUUUGUCGUCGAAUAGUUCCUUAAACCCCGAGACAAAGACCUGCGACGAGGCUUACGAUAACUCUUCACUGGCCUGCAGCUGCGUCGAUUGCGAUGAUAGUUGUCCCAUAACCGAACUAGAUCUGGAUACAAGCACUUUUCUGUUACUUGGAAUCAGCGGUUGGGGUAUCAUUGCUGGAAUAAUCGUCAUUGUCUUGAGCGCAGGGUCCACCACGGCUGUGACGUUGAUAAGAAGGAAAUAUCCCGUUUCAGGUAAAUCUUCUUCUUUUGGAUCGAAAUACCACAACGCUGGUGAAGCGUUCAACAGAUAUUUGGAAACGAUCUUCAGGGCCUUAGGAUAUGGAUUCGCAAGGCAGCCGGUACUCGUUCUUUGCGCCUGGACAUAUUUAAUCAUCCUUAUGUGCUACGGUAUAAAAUAUCUGUCGAUAACCACGAAUCCCAUUGAAAUUUGGGCAGCACCAACGAGCCAGUCGCGAAUCGAAAAGGACUUUUUCGACGAGCAUUUCACCCCGUUUUACCGUACUGAGCAGAUCUUCAUCAAGCCUGUAGGACUCGACACGAUAUUACACAAUACCACCACAGAUGAGCUGGAGUUUGGACCAGUUUUCAACAGAGAGUUCUUGCUGGCUAUAUACGACCUUCAUCAACAAAUCAUAGACAUCGGUCAGGACACUGACGAAGGUUUGGAAAAAAUUUGUUACGCUCCAGUCCAAAACGAAUUCAGUGGUGGAGUGACGCUGUCACUCUGCACGGUCCAGAAUAUCUGGGGUUACUUUCAGUACAGUCUUGAUACUUUCAACGAAACGUCAACAUCCGGUGGAUAUGAAACCAACUAUCUCGAUCAUCUCUACAAAUGCCUACAGAAUUCUUAUAAUACCGAUUGCAUAUCCACGUACAAAGGGCCGAUCAUCCCUGCAGUAGCUUUGGGUGGUUUCCUUGUGGACGGUCAAGAGAGCUACGAUUCCGCGGACUAUAUAAAGGCGACUGGGCUUGCACUCACGUACAUGGUAAACAAUCAUUUGGACGAAGAAUCUCUGGCGCCAGCUCUGGCUUGGGAAUCAAAGUUCAUAGCUUUCAUGGAGAACUGGGAUGCUAACGAACGACCUGACAUGAUGGAGAUUGCCUAUUCGACCGAACGGUCAAUUGAGGACGAGAUCGCGAGAACCUCAGAAGCGGAAAUAUCGACAGUGGUAAUCAGCUACUGCGUUAUGUUCGUAUACAUUGUUCUAGCCUUGGGAAAGUUCAGUGCGUCAAUGAAUUGUUUGGUACACAGUAGAAUAGCGCUCAGCGUCAGCGGAAUCGUGAUUGUUUUGCUCUCGGUCGCCUGCUCCAUCGGAAUAUUCGGGUACUUGGGAGUUUCAACGUCGUUGUUGGUUAUUGAGGUAAUUCCAUUCUUGGUACUCGCCGUCGGAGUCGACAACAUUUUCAUCAUGGUCCAGAAUUAUCAGAGGAAUCCAAGGCAGCCGGAAGAAUCGGUGCCUGCCCACAUUGGCCGCAUUGUUGGAUCGGUUGGGCCCUCCAUGUUACUGACUAGCACUUCGGAAUGUCUUUGCUUCCUGAUCGGUGGACUUUCUACCAUGCCUGCUGUGCAAACGUUCGCCUGGUAUGCCUCAGUCGCUAUCGCGUUGAACUUCUGUCUUCAAAUCACCGCCUUCGUUAGCCUUUUGGCUUUGGACGCUGAACGAGUCGAGACCAACCGAUGGGAUAUCUGCUGUUGCUUUUCCGUCAACGCGGAUGAGAAACGAGAGCCGGGUAAGGGGCUGGUGUACUCGGUUUUCAAACGUUACUACACUCCUUAUCUCUUGCUCAAGCCUGUCAGGAUCGUUGUCCUGGUUCUAUUCACCUGCUUCCUUGUCAUCAGCAUUGUUGUAUGGCCGAAUGUUGAAGUGGGCUUGGAUCAGCAGUUGGCCAUGCCUGACGAUUCAUACGUUCUCAAGUACUUCCAGUACAUGCAAGAAUUGCUUUCGAUGGGACCACCCGUUUAUUUCGUUGUAAAACAAGGACUUAAUUAUUCGCUGGACGGUGUUCAAGAUAUAAUAUGCGGUGGGCAAGGCUGCAACGUUGAUUCUUUGAGCACACAACUGUACUCGGCGGCAAAACAGUCCUCAGAAUCGUAUAUUCAAAAUGCAGCGUCAUCCUGGCUUGACGAUUACUUCGAUUGGUCGACCAUCGAUGGAUGCUGCAAGUAUUACUACAGUAAUAGUUCCUACUGUCCACACUCCAUCGGGUCAAGUAUUUGCGGCACCUGCUCUAUCGGUACUGACGAUUUCGGAAUCAGACCGGAUACUGAAAGCUUCAGGACGUACCUUGAUUACUUUUUAACGGAUAUUCCUGACGAGACUUGCGCAAAGAGUGGUUUAGCUUCGUACGCAGACGCGGUAAAUUACUACACGGAUCUGUACGGAAAAAUGGAUGUCGGUGACAGCUACUUCGGCACUUACCACACGCCAUUGAAAGACUCCUCGGACUGGUACGAGUCGUUGAGAGCUGCCAGAUCCAUUGCUGCUAACAUAACGACUAUGAUCAAUAACGCUGGCGUCGCUGAUACGGAGAUCGAGGUCUUCCCUUACAGCGUCUUCUACGUCUUUUACGAGCAAUACCUGACGAUCUGGACAGAAGCCUUGACCUCCCUGAGUUUGUCGGUUGUUGUGAUAUUUUGCGCCACCUUCAUCUUGACCGGACUGUCCCUCUUCUCAGCCUUCGUCGUUGCCUUGAACGUUGUCAUGAUCGUGAUAAAUCUGGGAGGAGUGAUGUACUGGUGGAGCAUAUCCCUGAAUGCUGUAUCAUUGGUCAAUCUGGUCGUGGCGAUGGGAAUAUCCGUCGAGUUCUGCAGCCACAUCGUUCAUUCGUAUUUAAAACAAAAGGGCUCAAGUAGGAUGGAAAGAGUCUCUGAGACUUUGACUGGAAUGGGAAGCUCUGUGUUCUCCGGCAUAACACUGACAAAGUUCGCUGGUAUCGUGGUUUUGGCAUUUGCCAAAUCUCAAAUAUUCCAAGUAUUCUACUUCCGGAUGUACCUCGGCAUAGUUUUGAUCGGCGCAGCGCAUGGUCUCAUAUUUUUGCCGGUUCUGCUCAGCUUCAUAGGCCCAGAGAACGCUGGUUGAAACGGACUCGGAUUUUGUACAAGUGAACACUUUCAUCGGGAAUAAGAAAACUCAAAACUGUAACAAAAAUAAAGUGCUUUAUUUUAAGU